AUGAUUCACUGGCGACGGAAGAGGCCUUGUUUUCUGGACACAGCAACGCCUUUCGCAGAUAAUGAACCGAUGACCGUGGCAUGGAACACCAACAUUCCAGUCUGUUUUAACUGUGAAAUUCCUUGUUCAAAUUGCAUGGAGGAAUUAAACGAGGAUAUGCCGAUGGAAAUGUCCACAGCAAGGGCAUUGAUGUCCUAUGAAGAAAUUCACCAACCAGCGGCUCAUCAUCCUGAUGAUGGUCACCCUUCUAGUGAAGAAGACAUUUCCGACAACGAACUGGAACUCAGAGUCAGAGAAACACCGCAGUUACAAAUGCGUUUAAGAUCAAGAAAAAAAGUGAAUUAA